ACAAUCUCCCCACACACUCAAGCGCGCGCUCCACUUUCUGACAAUUCGCCCACUUCCUGUGCAUUCACUAGAAGCCGCGGCAUCGCUCACCGUGUGACAGCUGAAAGGAUCCAGAAAACCGCACUCAGGAAAACAUGAAUGUGGAACAUGAAAUAACACUGUUAACUGAAGAAAUCCGUCGACUUGGCAGCAAAAAUGCAGACGGGAAGACCAGCGUCAAAUUUGGAGUUCUUUUCAAUGAUGACCGGUGUGCUAAUCUCUUUGAAGCCCUAGUGGGAACACUAAAGGCUGCCAAACGGAAGAAGGUGAUCACGUUCAAUGGGGAGCUACUUCUACAAGGUGUCCAUGACAAUGUGGAUGUGAUCUUACUGCUGGAGUAAUACAGCUUAUUAUAAAGUCAAAGGUUUACAUUAACUGAAAUCAUACAAUACUAUGUGAUUCACAUUAUUUCAGUCUCUGUUUUCCUCUUUGGAUUUUCUACAGAUAAAAAUGUAUAUGUUUUCAAUUUUGCAUUAAAAUUUUUCCUUUAAAUUAUAAUUGCUGUUGUUAGCAAUUAUGCAUAUAAAACAAAUGGAAACUGUAUCCAUGGCCCUUAAACUGCUCUAUUCAACAAAACUCAGUUGUUGUGUUUGCUGUCAAGUUAGUGGACCACCAGAGUCAAAAGGCAGGAAUCAUAAAAUUUAUAACUACAGUGGGCAAUAUUCCAUAGGGCAGAGUAAACAUGUUUAAAGUUAAAUCUCUUAAUGUUUCUACGGUUAUAUUUGAUACAUUUUGAAAUCUGACAAAUGGACUUAGCAGCAGUAUUCAUGUGUGGGCAUUUUUAAAAUGCAUUCCAUAUUAUAACAAAGUAAUAGAAUCAAGUUCGACACAAACUAUCAAACAAAUCUGGGUCACCAGAAUGAAUUCAAUCCCAACAUUUGCUCCACUCUCUGUCUAAGCCAUUUCCUUAUGCUAGAAAUCAUUAUUACCCUGCUGUAGCUAUUCUGUUCCAUCUUAAUGUUAUUCUCUUUCCAUCCUUUCGCCACUUAACCAUUCUCAGUCUCAGUGGACUUUAGGCACACUUUAUUGUGUUGCUGAUUUAAUUUUAAAUUGAUUAAUAAUCAAUAAUACAUAAUGACAAAGUGAAAACGUUUUCAGAAAGGUUUGUAAAUUUCUUAAAAAUCGGAAACUGAAAUCUUUCAUUCCUAGAAAUAUUCAGCCCCUAGCUGCGGCACACCAAAUUGCGGUCAGGUGCCUCCUAUUUGCUUUAAUUAUCCAUGGGAUAUGUCUAGAACUUGGAGUCCACCUGCAAAUUGAAAUAAUUGGAAGUGGUUUAGAAAGACACACAAAAGUGUUGAUAAAGGCCUACAAUUAACACAGCAUGUCAAGACAAUGACAAAGCAAUGAAGUGUAAGGAACUCCCUGUAGACAUCCGUGAUAAAAUUGUGGUGAGGCAGAGAUAAGGGUAAGGGAGUAAAACCAUUUCUAAAUAUGUUGUAUUUCUAGGUGCGACAGAGGAAAAAACAAAAUGUAGGUAACAACUGAUGGUACUAUACACAAUUGUACACAAGAUGAGAAAAAAUGAUCAGGAGAAUGGACGUGCUCAAAGGGAAGCAAAGCUCAUUAUCAGGAAUUUAACAUUUUGAGCAUCAAAAGUAUAUAUUAAAAAAAGCACCAAUACAUUGUUACUAAAGUACAAACUAAAUUAGACAUUUGAACUGCAAAGAGAAAGAGUAAUAUCUGCAAUCUCAGAUUCAGACUUGUCCUAACUGAUGACCUUUUAUUUCCAUCACCUCUAUGCCAUCAUAGGCUGCGCACAUCAGGCUCGUAAGUAAACAAAAUAGCAACGAAAUGAAAAACAUACAAAGACCAAAAGCAAAAAAAUUAGUGUUGAAUAUUCCAUGCCCUACUUUCUUGUAAAUUACAUUUUAGUGAUAUUGCAAUAAAUCACUCAACUGAAUAUUUUAUAAUACAACUGACUGUAUUGUACAAUAAUAAAAGAAUCAAGUACAUCUACUCUC